GCUAAAUGACCUUUGAUGGUGCGCGUUGGGCGAGGUGGUUUAUCGUUUCCUUCCUUUUGUUCUUCUCAAAUACAAAGUCACCUCGAUUUACUCCUGUACGACGCUCUGCCAUGUCCACUCUCAGGAAUAUCGGACUGUUCGCCACUCGUGACACAGGAGUACCUGCAACGGAGUCAUACACCACUCUAGUGUUGCUUCAUGGCUUUGCGUGGCACAUUGGGGUUUUCUCCCGCAUGCUGUCAUUUUGCGAUAACUACACGUGAAUCGUUCUCGUCAACAGACGCGACUAUCCAGGCUCUACCCCAUACAGCGAUAAUGAACACCACCUCCUCGGUAUUGCUCAUUCCUCCGACCCUGAAGCUUUCGAUGCCAUCCAUACAUUCAUGAAGGAUCGCGCUCGAGAGCUAUACGAUACUCUGGACACCUUCGUCCGAGAGGAGCGCAUCCCACAUGUCUCCAUGAUUGUUGCAGGAUGGUCCUUUGGGGCUGCGUUUGCCCUUGCUCUGCUUGCAUACGCACCCUCUUUUACUUCGAGAGACGAGGCUCAUCCGCUACGAUCCACCUUAUCACUGCUAUGGAUUUGCUCCUCCACAGGACAAUUACAGUCCUGCGACACACGGCCUCGUCGACGGAGCGAAAGAUUUCCCUACAUGGAUCUCCGGCUACUACGCCACGGCAACUCGCCGUUGGAGCUUGAAUUCCGUAUUCCCGUCAAGAGCCCGCCACCGAGCGUCCUGUCCACGUCAUCCGAUGACCUGCAAGACAUAGUGUACAGCGUAGCCGCCGGCCCCGGGAGCUCGGACCAGAUGCUGUGGCAAGUAGGGGUAAACCAUGGCCUGUGGAAGAUGAUCAGCGAGGCAGUACUGCAUAUGCACCGCGUCGCUCCGUCCGACACUUAGCCUAGCUAGGCAAGCACAAAUCCCUGGGACGACAUCGAGUUCCCCCACAUCUGGUGCGAUCAAUAUAUGUGGGAGGUACCGUGGGGGACGUAGGCCCUACAAGCCACGAUCGAGGAAGGGGAAGCGUCCGGAACGCCGAUGCGAAGGGUCUCUAUCAUGAGGCCAACUAAUGCUAAUCACUUCCUUCAUUGGGAUCAGCCAGAGCGAGCUCUGAAUGCCUUAUUAUCCGAAACGACCUCGGAGAAUCGUGAUCGCAUAAUUUGAGCGCAUAUAUCUGUUACAAUAAGGGCAUACGACCACCGCUAUAGUUACGCGUCGACUUUCGUAUGGCUGUGCUUGUACCAGCCGCUGUGACCGCAUAACACGGUGCUAAUUAGUUAAUA